AGGUGUGGAAGGAGGUCUGGACACUCAAACAGCUAAACUGCUUGUACCGAGCUGUUUUUCGAGUGACACAUGAAUCGAAUGAAAUUAUAAGAAACGUUAUUCCUGACAGUUUUAAGGAACAAAUAAAACAAUUAGAGUUUGUGCAUUACAAUGGGAAGGAUAUUCCCAUAUCUAAACCAUAGGGUGGAGAUAUUAUGAACUUUGUUUAUGUGAUGGGUCUAGCAGGAUUUAGUUAUAAUCACCCUCGCGUUUGGUGUACUGCUCAUAAAGAUGAUCUUAAGCAGGCUGAUCUCACAUCUUGCUAUGACACUGGAAAGAAAGCCAGAAGUUUAUUCGAACAAAAAAUGUGUCUAAAAGAUCCGGAAGCAAAGAGGAAAAAAAUAUCUGAAAAUCCACUGGGUUACAAAUGUGCGCCAGUUUUUGAUGAUUUAUUUGAACUUAGUGAUUAUGUAAUUGAUACUCUUUACAUGAAGUUACGUAUAUACGAUUACAUCUUAGACGGAAUUCUCACACGUGCUUCGCAGCAAAAAAAGUACGAUGUUGCUCAUGUAAUCGAGAUGGAAGAGAAAAUACAAAUUCUCAAUAAAUACUUAAAUGAGAAAAAAAUAGGAAAAAGAGUCUGGUUUAAUUUUGCCGAAGACAACAAGUAUGGUGGCAAAGAUAAAGAUAAUACAGUUAUACAAUUAAAUUUAUUUUUUCUAGAUUAUUGUUUAGUGUGA